GGUGCGACGCCCGUGGAGGAACGAGUGUGGAAGUGGUGAUAGCAGCGUGGUGUUGAGUUCCCUGGCGCGUGUCUGUGUUAGCGGCAAUUUGUCGUGCCAAGGCCGGAGCCAGCAUUCAAGGCCAACGUCAGGUCUGCCAGUGUCUCCCCCAAUUCAUCAUCCGCCCAGCACCCACGACGCCAGAAUGGGGAAUGGCAACUCGAAACCCACCUCGGAGCAGUCGCAGCAUGUUUUCGCUGCAGACGCGCCCGUCCGGUUCUCGAACGAGCUGGUAGACUCGCUGCAGAACAGCAAUCAGUCCGACUCCACGCGCUCCAAGACCCUCGAGCUCCAGAUCCAAUCCCGCGUCACCUCCGAGCUCGAAAAGCUCCAAGCGCAAGAAUCCGCAAAGCUAGCCCAGCUCUCCGAGUCGCUGUCGGACGAAACCUCUACGCCCGCGGAACCCUCCCUCGUCGAGAAGAUUGGCGAUACCCUGAGCAGCUCCGCAACGCUGGCUGAGAAGCAGCGCCAGCAGGAGAUGAGCCGGAAUAGCGUGUCCAAGGAGAUUGCGGAGCUGAAGAAGAAGCUGGAGUCGCGGAAAAAGCUGGACGAGGUGGAUACGGCCGUGUCGAAGGCGAAGGACGACGUUGUCACGUGUCUGCGGGCGAACGACAGGCGGCCGCUGGAUUGCUGGAAGGAGGUGGCGGCUUUCAAGGCUGAGGUUGGGAAGUUGGAGAAAGAGUUUGUGGAGAAGACGGUGCGGUGAGGUGGUGAAUUUCUGAGUGAAGGGUGUGUAUCUGUAAAAUGGGCUGGGGUCGGAAGGACUGGGUUUGUAUAGAAUAGACGAAGUGUAACCGUUUCCUAGAUGGCGGUAUGAAACGCCAUUGAAUUGGGCUGGUAAUUUUGAUUGUUGGAUCUGAGGCUGUGAAGGCCGUUCGAUGAGAUGUGCGAUAAGCUGGGGUGGUGACUUCUAGCAUUGACCAGUGCCUCGUCAUACACAUGCGUACAAUUCCUUCCGACUGCCUCUGGUGCUUCAACGCAUUGAUAGCAAUCUAGAGUAAUAGGUCACACCCCCAAUUUAUGCAUUCUUCUCGCUACCGCCUGAGGUGGCCUAGAGAGUUUAACGAUUAAUCAAAACGAAGAGCUUCCAUCUUGAAAAGAUGUUGAGCACUCAGCCAGCGGUAGAAGGUUGCGCAUAAACCUACGAUAAGGC